AUGAAAGCCGUAGACGCCCUCGCCCCGCCCCACCCCUACGACCUCGUCCUCAUGGAUCUCCAGAUGCCGGGCAUGGAUGGGCUGGAGGCGACUCGGAGGAUCCGGGCGCGGGAGAGGGCUGAGGGCGGGGGGCAUGUGGCCAUCAUUGCGCUCACAGCGGAUGUGAUUGCCGGCACGCGCCAGCAAUGCUUUGCUGUCGGCAUGGAUGACUACCUCUCCAAACCCCUCGAUGACGGCCCCCUUUCCCAUUCCGUCUGGCACUGCCUCGCAAACACUUGA